AUGCAGUUGCCUAGAAAAAUCCUCGAUGAACUCGGCCUCGUCACUCUCUGGACUUCCUCCCGCGACGUCAAGCUGCUCUGUGCCCAGCGAUUGAUCCGACUCUUUGCCUAUGGCGGCUCCACUCUCAUUCUGGCCUCCUACCUCUCCGCAUUGGGCAUCUCCGACGCCCGCAUCGGUCUCUUCAUGACCCUGACGCUAGUCGGCGAUGUGGUCAUCAGCUUUGUCCUCACGCUCUUCGCCGAUGCCAUGGGCCGCAAGGCCGUCUUGGCUCUGGGAUCCGCCCUGAUGGUCGCCAGCGGGGUGGUGUUUGGCCUGUUUGCAAACUACUGGGUCCUUUUGAUUGCCGCCGUCCUGGGGGUCAUCAGUCCGAGUGGAAAUGAGAUUGGUCCCUUCCGGGCGGUCGAAGAGUCCACCCUGGCUCAUCUCACCCAUCAUGACCUGCUCAGUGACAUCUUCGCUUGGUAUUCCCUCAUCGGCACUGCCGGCACCGCUUUGGGCAUGAUGGCCUGUGGAUGGGCCGUCAACAUUCUACAAACAUCGAAAGGCUGGGAUUUUGUCCACGCAUGUCGCGUCAUCUUCUUCGCUUAUGCGGUCAUCGGGGCGCUCAAGUUUCUUCUGUCCAUUUCCUUGAGCAGCAAAGUCGAGGCAGAGGAGAAGAAACCAGCGCCGACGCAGGAGAACGAAACCCAGCCACUUCUGGGUGAGCAGAAUGACACACAACAACCCCAGAAGAAACCUCUCUUCCCUUUCCUGGAGGAUAAGGCCCUGGUUUCUCUGGUGAUCCGCCUGUUCAUUCUCUUUGGCCUCGACUCCUUCGCAUCGGGUCUGGCUUCACUCAAUGCUAAUCCGACCAGCUCAUGGAUGACCUAUUUCUUCAAGGGCAAAUUCUCCCUUCCCGAAGGACAACUCGGUUCGAUCUUUUUCGUCACCAGCCUCAUCUCCGCUGCAUCCAUGCUCGUGGCAUCCUCCAUUGCCAAACGCAUUGGCAACGUCAAGGUAGCGUUCAUCUCACUUGCACUCCGAGCGCAGCUAACAUCGUGCUUAAGACAAUGGUCUUCACUCACCUCCCAUCCGCUAUAUGCCUCGCCCUCAUCCCCGUCCCGUCCACUCUCCCCCUGGCACUGA